CGGUGAACGGUGGGAGGUGGCGUCUGCUAGGCUAACGGGCUAACAGGCUGGGUACCGGAGGAUGAAUCACCAGCUGCCAUUAAUCAUUUACCAUUUGCUGAAAAUUACACGUUAAAGCUGCCGCUGGAAACGCGGACCACGUUUCUCGGCGCAUCCGAGCCAGUGCAGCAUCAACUGGGCCGAAGAAGGAGCGAGCCGCCGUUAGCGCAUUAGCAACCAGCCACUUCCACCGGGAUAAUCUGAAUAUUAGCCCGAUGUAGGCGUCAUCCCCGGGGCGCUCGGUGCGGUCAUGUAGUCGCUUAGCACCGAGCUAGCUCCGCUGGCCGGAGGACGGGAUGGAUGUGAGUUAACUGCGGAUCUGGGAAGGUCUAGCCCGGUGCUGGAGCGGAGGGACCGGUGGGAGCGGAGGGCCCGUUAUCCCAAACUAACCGGGCGAGCAGCGGGUCGGCAGCCGCAGAUGCUGCCCGACCGACCGCCACACGGGCGACAUCAGCGUGACUGCGCCUGGUGAGGGAGGCUCAUCAUACAAAAGCAGCUCAUUUCCCAGUUUUCUUUUCUAUUGAUUUCGCCACAGACUAAUUGAAAAGGAGUCUUCACCUAAUUGUGUAAUGAACUUAUUGAUGACACAAAUUCUGGACACCUAGAAGUUGAGUCAGUUCGACCCAGAAGGACGACGUCCGGAUGCGCUGACCCAACUUCCAAACAAUCUCACCUGGAUGACUGGGAAUCUUCACCGGUCAAGGCGUGGAGGCAAUUCCCCAUGAUGUGUGACAGACGGGCGUGUUGAAUAUGCAGCAGAUACGUCGCUUUGUGCUGGUGGAUGCAGCAUCAACGCGUCUGUAAACUAUGGAUGUUUGCAGCAAGAACCAGAACCGCACGGUGCCGGUCAGCGAUGACGGUCCACACCGAGCCGAUGUGCCGCUCUGCUCUCGGACCAACGGCUGGACGUGGCCCCCCCACCCCUUCCAGCUGCUGGCCUGGCUGCUCUACGUCUACUUUGCCAUCACUGGCUUUGGUGUGUUUGUGCCUCUGCUGCCGGCCCAUUGGAUUCCUGCAGGAUAUAUUUGCACGGGAAUCAUGUUCGUCUGUCACCUGUGUGUGCACGUCAUGGCCGUGUCCGUCGACCCAGCCGACUACAACGUCAGAACCAAGAGCGACAAGGGUCCAAUACCAGUGUUCGACCGCUCUAAACACACACACGUCAUCGAGAACUGCCACUGCUACCUGUGCCAGGUGGACGUGGGCCCGAAGUCGAAGCACUGCAGCGCCUGUAACAAGUGUGUGGAGAACUUCGAUCAUCACUGUCGCUGGCUCAAUAACUGUGUGGGCAGGAGGAACUACAAGUUCUUCCUCCACAGUGUUAUCUCUGCGCUGGUGGGGGUCUGCCUAGUCCUGGUCGUUGCCUCUUACGUCUUUAUCGAGUUCUUUCUGGACCCGUCCAAACUCCGCACUGACAAACACUUCCUGGUGAGGAACGACACAGGGGUGUGGUUUGUCUUCCUGCCUGUGGCUCCUCUCACGGCGGCAGCUGCAGUGAUUCCUGCUCUGGCUGCCAUCACCGUUACUCUGGGUCUGCUGUCGUCUGUGCUACUCUGUCACCUGCUCUGCUUCCACAUCUACCUGAUGUGGAACAGACUCAGUACAUAUGAAUACAUUGUGCGGCAGCGUCACCGUCUGGACAGAGACUCCCGGAAACCAGGAUCGGGGAGGAACACUACAGCUCCUUCAGUCAUCAAGGAGGUGAACUACUCAGGGACUCUGGGUUAUACCAACCCUCAGCUAGACGUCGAGGAGCCCAUUGCUGUGAGGGAAGAGGCGGACUACCUGGCUAACGGCGGAGUGAGACCACUGUCCAGCCCCGUCAGGGAGGAGCAAGCUGCAGCUAGUGUCGCAGAGCCCAAAGCAGGAGCACACACACACCAGCGUCCACAGAAGAAGAAGAAGAAGAAGAAGAAGGUCUGGAAAGUUCCAGCAGAGGUGGAGAGAGGUCACGGCCAGAGUGCAGUGCUGCCUCCCGCAGGGCCAAGCAGCAUGUCCACUGUGUCCCUGGGCCAGCGACUUCCUUUUCCAGCAUUCCCUCUGAGGGCCUCUUUGCCUCCUUUGGCCCCGGGCCCCAUCCAGGCUGCUGGCCCUCCUGCUGAGUACCACUCUGACUCUGCAGAAUCUUUGGAGGAGAUCCCGGUGGCUUUGGCUAAACUCGGCUCCUCGUCCUCUGCCGCUGUUGAUGUGUCCUCACACAGAACUGUCCCUUCGUUUCCCCUACCGUCCCCCCAGCCCAGGACUAAGAGGAAGGCUUCUUCCUUCCGCACCAAUAAAAGCAUGGAGCUGAAGUUUGAGAUGGCCUCCACUCAGCCUCCUACUGUGUUCGUCAGCCGGGCCAGUGGGGAGGAGGCCAUAAGUCUGGGUAGGAGGAUCAACUCUCAACUCUGCUCCAAGUCCGGGUCCAGACCAGCAUCUCGGGGGUCACUGAGUUCAGGUGCAGCCUCAUGGACAGAGCAGUGACCGGAGUCUUUGCAGCUGUACAAUAACUUUUAGUUUUCUUUGUUUUUUAAUUUGUUUUGCCAAAGCUCAAAUCGUGCCUGUGCUCAGUCUUUAUAGUUUUAGCUUCUGGUCUCCAUAUCUUUUUUUUUACGUUGAGCUGCUGCCUUCUCCUGUGUCCACCUUCACAUGUUAAUACUUUAACAUGAUAAACAGCUGACAUCUGAGCUGAUCAUCAUUAUCUUCAUUUUAUUAUUUUAUCAUUUUUUGUUCAAAUUAAACAAACUGUGGUUUUCGGGUGGCCCCCAUUUUUCUAGUCUAAACUAAACCAAUCUCAGUGUGUGACAAUGAGAGAAAAGGAUUCAGCUGAAUGUUCACAUAAGACUCUGAACAAUAAAUAUAAGAAGAAACAUCA